GAAAACGCUGCCACGGAAAUGCCACUACUUAAAUACGCCCAUGUGAAGUUUUCCAGGCGUUGCUAUCAGCUAGCAUUGUGAUAUUAAGAGGCAGGGCUGUGCAAAAGGAAGCGUGCACGUAUAAGUUCACUGGAUGCAUAGCUCGUGAGUUUGUAAAGUGUGACAUGGCCUCCAAAGCUGUUUAUUCGCACAGAGAUCCUAUGCUGAAGAAAAGAGAUGACUUUGAGGAUAUGCUGGAGGAGAGGAGGAACUCCAGUGACCUGAGAUAUGCCCUCAGAUGUUACACUCCUGUUCUCUAUAAAGGAUUGACUCCAUGCAAAGCCAGCGAACUAAAGCGAAUGGUGCUGCAGUCUGAUCAGCUGCGUUAUGUCAUCAAUCAGGUUUGUAAAGAGACAGACAUGACUACAGAUGAAGUCGCUGGGGAGGCGGCAGCCAUCUUGGAGGAGAUGGCGCACCGCUUGCAGCUCAGCACAGUUCGCUUCUUUGCCUUCACUCUCACCAAAGUUUUCAAAACCUUGUUCAGGAGCAUCUGCGUUAAUGAAGAGGGCAUCCAGAGACUCCAGCAGGCCAUUCACAACCACCCGGUAGUACUCCUACCGAGUCACCGCAGCUACAUGGACUUCCUGCUGAUGUCAUACAUUUUGUACACCUAUGACCUGGCUCUACCUGUUAUUGCUGCUGGCAUGGACUUCAUGGGGAUGAAGGUUGUUGGGGAGAUGCUGCGGAUGUCUGGAGCUUUCUUUAUUCGGAGGUCUUUUGGUGGAGAUAAAUUGUACUGGGCUGUCUUCUCUGAGUACGUCAAGAUUAUGGUCAAGACUGGUUAUGCACCGCUUGAAUUUUUCUUAGAGGGCACCAGAAGUCGAACAGCCAAGUCUUUGACUCCAAAGUUGGGUCUGUUAAAUAUAGUGAUGGACCCGUUUCUUAAAGGGGAAGUGUUUGACGUUAGCUUGGUCCCAGUCAGUAUCAGCUAUGAGAGGACUCUGGAGGAGGCGCUCUAUGCCAGGGAAUUGCUGGGCAUACCAAAACCCAAAGAAUCCACUUCGGGCCUGUUUAAAGCCAGAAAGAUCCUCAGUGAAGACUACGGCAGCAUCCACGUCUACUUUGGUCAGCCUGUGUCUGUGAGAAGUUUAGCUGAGAGCAGAGUUAACCGCAGCCAGUUCAACCUGAUACCAAGACACAUCCCCAUGAGACCCAGCGAGGAAAUCCUCAGCUUUGUGAACGAUUCAGCCUACAGGUUGGUGCGGGCCCAGGAGGAGAACAUGGUCCUGAAGCCUUGGGUCCUUCUGGCCUUUGUGCUGCUCCAGAACCAGGCGGACGGGCAGAGUCGAGGGACAGCACUCGAUGAGCUCACUGAACAAGCAGCGUGGCUCAGGGACCUCUCUCGUCAGUAUGGAGCCUUCCUCCACUGGCCGGACCACAUACCUCAUUCUGAGGUUGUUGCCUCCAGUCUUUCCCUUCAUCGAGGUCUAGUACGGAUCUCUGAGGGAAGAGUCCAGCUGGCGUUGGAACAAGUAGGAGGUCAACAGGGGCCGGGAGAGACUCACAGUGCCAUUACUCCAGAAGAGGAACUCCUGAGCAAGGCAGUCGUCAUACUCUCCUGCGUCUCCUACAGGAAUCAGGCAUUACACAUCUUCAUCCGACCGGCCCUGCUGGCCUCAGCCAUCCACUCUGCUGCUUCUAACAGGAAACAGGAGAUCUACAACAGGUUCAGCUUUCUGAGAAACAUCUUUUCCAACGAGUUCAUCCUCUGUCCAGGUGCUACUCUGCAGGACUUUGAGGAGGCCUGUUACCUGCUGCUGAAGACCGGAACUCUGCAAAUUAACCAGCAGGAGGUUCUGAUAACGGAGAGAGGGCACAGGACUUUGGCCUUCCUCACCAGUGUUCUCGAUCCAUUCCUACAAGGAUAUCAGGUAGUGUGUAGGUUCCUGUGUGAAGAAGAGGGUCUGGCAGAAAAACAGUUUAUUCCUGGUGUCCGGAAGUUUAUCAUCAAGCAUCUUCUUACAGGUACAGUAAGAUACAUUGAGGUGUUGUCAUCGGACCUACAGAAGAACGCUCUGGCAGCUUUGAUAAGACUUGGAGCUGUGCGGAAAAUCAAAGGAGGAGAAGAACAGGGAACUUUAAAGCUCAACAAGGUGAUGUUGAGCUCCUUGGAAGACACUCUUGAAGGAAAACUCCCUACUCAGAAAUCUGUUGUUGCUCGCCUCUAAUUCAACAACCUCAGUAGCCAAAGGGCAUCGAGGAUGGUCCGCGCAAUGUGCCGGUGUUGCGCUGCUCCACGCGGUUUGGUACGAAUCGUCCGGGUCUACCUACGGCUUUCUGUGAGAGAUGGAACAAAAAAUGUGCCAUCUGGAGACAGCUCAACCCUGCUUCUAGAGUUUUCUUCUCUCCUCGCCUCUUUUCAAAAUGCUUUUUUUUUUCUUCUUCUUUUUUUUCCCCUUUCUCAGACUUUUAAAAACCUUUUUAUGAAUCUACAUAAAACCACAUGAUGAGUGGAGCCUUUGAAGGUACACUGCUAAGCUUCUUUGGCUCAUUUUGAAUAACUGACCUUUUUCAUAUGAGCGGCCUUGUGAAAGCUUCUGUGCCAUCUUCACUCAGCACAGGGGCCAUUCUCUGUUAAUGCAUUUGAAAUGUGUUCCUAACUCUGAUUGUGGCUCUUAUGUUUCUCUGUUUGCUCUUUCAU